AGAUUCGGCGAGAGAAAGCGAGACCCGGCGACUCAGAGUCAGAUAGAUUCUCUCUGCAGAGCCGCUAAACGAAGAUAAGACUUUUAAUGCUCUUGAGGUCGCACAUAAACGUAGCAGGUAAGCGGAUUUUAUCUACAAAUAGCUUAUUAACAGAGCUCCGGUCUUUACACGGCUGCGAAUGAGAAGCCGGAUGACGUCAUCGCCGCCGCUGCUCUUCUUCUUCUAGGCUGUAAUGUUACAAUGCAUCCCGUACAAAUGACUCGUUACUGUAUUACCGAUACAGUGCGCGGAUAAAAGUGAACUUCUUUAGACCGUGCUGGUUUUAAUAUUGGAUUGGACAUCGCUGUUCUGUUUGCUUGGUGGAGGUAUGACAUUGACCAGAGGCUCCUUUACUUACUCCAGUGGAGAAGAAUAUACUGGAGAAUGGAAGGAAGGCAAGGCAUAAUACAUUACAUUGUAUAGGAUCAUUGCAUUGCUGUUUCACUUAUGUGCUUUUUAUUAACAAUAUUAAUAUUUCAGAUGUAGUUAUACAAGUACAUCUCAAGUCAUUGAAUGGAAAGGAAGAACAUUGGACAUAUUUUGUGUCUACUGUCAAAGCAAGUCUAAUGUUAAAACACUGAAAUGGGACGGAGACAUGGCAAAGGUGAGCUGAAGUUUGCUGAUGGCACCUGUUAUAAAGGUAAUUUUGAGAAUGGCCUCUUCCAUGGAUCAGGAGUGUUAGUGUUUCCUGAUGGAUCCAGGUACGAGGGGGAAUUCGCCCAAGGAAAAUUCCAAGGAGUCGGAAUCUUCAGCAGGUUUGACGGGAUGAAGUUUGAAGGGGAAUUCAAAAGUGGUCGUGUAGAAGGACAUGGGCUGCUGACAUUCCCAGACGGUUCCCACGGUGUUCCACGAAAUGAGGGUUUGUUUGAGAACAACAAGCUUCUGAAACGAGAAAAGUGUCAGGCUGUGGUGCAGAGAGCCAAGAACUCGGCAUCUACAGCCCGAGGCCUCUCUGUAUGAUACACUGCGGCUUAAGGAUCGGGUCCCAAAAUACAAUCCGGAUUGCAUAGACACAAAUAAAGAGAGCAAAGCUGAUUGUGGAUCUGCAUCUGCAUCUCUGCCUUCAUCCAACAAAGGAGCUUGGAAAUCCAUGAGAUCCAUCAGACCCUCAGGGAUGGAUGAAAGAGUAUCCAUUCCACAAGUCUCUGUAUUUUUCUCGCAUGGUUCCUCUGCCUUGGUUCCUCUGUGGCUUAAAAACAUUACAAAAUUAUGUCAGUGUGGUAUCGAGUACAGACUAAAGUCACCAUUGGAGGCAUAUCAGGUACGAAAGUGUGGUCGUCAGAUUGGGGGCAUUUUUUUGCCUUUGUCUCUGAUUGUAUCACUUGUGUUCGACUUGAUCAGUUUUAUUGGUUGUUAUUCAGGGUUCCCAUGGUCAUGAAAACCUUGAAAUGUCAGUGAAUCUUAAAAUUGUGCUUAUGCAAAUGAGUAAGAUCUCAAUUUUAUGAAUUGCAUUUAGUACAAAAAAAAUUAUGGAAACUUUUAGUGAAGUUUGGAACCCUGCUGUUGUAACCUUUCCGAGUGGAAAUUUUCUUUAUUGCACAUUUGCCUUAUUUCUUGUGUUACAAUUUUUUAAUCCAGCAAUGAAGCUGGAAGAAAAUCCGACAUGGGGACAGCUGUAAGUGAAAAUAUAUUUAACUUGUUUUAAGGAUUUAUGUAUUAUUUAAUUAAAUUACAAUGAGUACUUAUAAUUUACUAACAGAUUAUAGUGUAAAUGGUUGAUUUUAGUUGUGUUAUUUCUGAGCAAUGAAGACAUUUACAAUUGGUUUAAAUUAUUUAAAAUGUUUUGACAUUUGCAGAUACGUCUGCCAAAUAUGUUCGAGGAUUUAUUUGUGUAUUUACUGUCAUUUAAAUUGAAUGCUUGUGGUUCACAGUUCCUAUCAUUUGCAGUGUCAAAGAGAAGCCUUAGACAACAUCAUCUAAAAUAUACUGACACCAAAAAGAAUUUUGCACUGUUAUUUAUGUGAGCAGAGAUCUUAAAAAUUGAUGUUGAAAAUAAAGUCAGAAAAAAACUCA